AUGUACGUGAUGGAAAAACGUGCUGAGCCUGGUGAUGCGACUGAUGCGGACGCGCAAGUGAAGAAAAUCAAAAUAGAGCAUGGCUCUGACGAUGCUCCCAUGCCGCUGCGCGAGCCAGAGCAACAUGCCCCCUCGCCGCUGCCGCAGAUUGUUCAUACCGCGCCCCCUACGCGCCAGCCCAGCGGGACCAAUUCGCCCAUGUCCUCGUCGCUUAGCAACUUGGACCGCCUUGCCAACCUGGCAGCCCAGCGCUCCGAGACGCCUGGCCAGGGCCCAAGCUCGCUAGCGUACCGCGUAGGCAGCCCUUCGCUGCUGACGACGCCCACAGGAGCCAAUACGAGCACCAGUCAUCUGCCGCUGUCGCUUCAGCGUUUACAAGCGGUUCGGCAGUCACAGUCAGGGCCAAGCACGUCUUCAACACAGGGCGCUAGCUACGACCAGCUCGUUGAUGUGAUGGGUUACAGCGGUGUGGACUUGCGAGCGGAGGAGGCGUUCAUCCAACAAUCUGGAAGUGCUAGUGGAAUCUGGGAUGAUGCCCAAGCAGCGUCCGUGAUGAACACGGCGAGCAUGGCUCAUGGACUGUACCUUAAUGUAUACCCCUUAUCCAGCAUGGUCCACCGUAUUGCCAAGCAGUACGACCUCAAAGUCGACGCUCCAACGUUGGACUACCUGUCCAUUGCUACACGUAUGCGGUUCCGCAACCUGCUUGAAUCUAUGGUCCGAGCUUCACGACAUCGCGCAUGGUCCUCCCACCAACGCAAGCCGCCUCUCUCUACGCAGCCUGGCCCAGAUGGUACACGCGUGCCGUUGUACCAUGAAAAAAUGCUAUCCAAUCCUACAAAGCAGCUAGCCGCUAUUGAGAAAGCCGAGCGUAUAGAAGAGGGAAACUGGCGUCGAUUGCGUCUGGAGCGUGAAGAGGCCGAAGCUGCUGCAUUGGAAGCCGGUGGUGAAGACGGCACACCGAAAAACAAAAAACGGCCCUCGACGUCCUCGCGCAACCUGUCGGAAGAUGUGCGCAAGCGCUUGGCCGAUAGCACAGCGAUGCGCCAUCUCGGCGCCAACAGUGUCACGUCAAAGUAUGCAUGGCUACAAUCACCCGGUAUGCGGUCGGCGCCUGCGUCCCGGACGCGCGAAAAGGACGAGAGUGCAGCAGCUUCGUCCAAGGAGGACACAAGCGAUCCUUCAUCGCAAGCCAAACCCUCUUCAUCCAACCUCCCCAAGCCGAAAUUCGCGCCGAGUGCCCCGCGGCGCUCAUCUGCACAGCAGGCGGCUCAUGCAGGCGCGUGGAGCGACGUCGCUACACGGCAGGCGGCACAGCGCGAACAAGAGCGCGUGGCGCGUGCGCGUAUUACACUGCAUGAUGCUCUGGCUGCGUUGGAGCGUGAGCAUGCCGCCGGUGCUGGGCAUGGCGCUGGCCGACGGGCCCUGUACAUGUCGCAGGCUUAUGGUCGGGGUCGGGGCUCCUUGUAG